AUGCAAAAUGUCUGCCAUACAAGCCCGACAGAACAGAUUAUCCAAAAAAGUCAUCGCAUACAGAGUGGUUCUUUGAUACCGUCAAAACGUACUAGACUAGUUCGUACAGAGUUGAAAACACAAUAUAACAAUAAAGAUCCACAUGUGGAAACUUGCUUCCUGCAUGACACUAGUGAUUUGGAGGGCGUUAAUAAUGUGAAGUUUCAAACCCAACCUUCUCCAUUGACUUUAAGAGCGCAGAACAACACUGAAGAUUCCAGUAGUUGGGUUCCGCAAUUUUCAUCCAUGAAGAUCGAUGAUCCACUAGAGUUUAGCUCCGAAUAUAAAAGGCUAUAUUCCAACUACGAAUCUCGCCAACGUCAGAAUUCGAUCAGACAAAAUCUCCCCUUCAGAAGCUCCAUGGUGAGGAAAACAACUCUAAAUUACCCACUUCAAAACACCCUUCAACAACAACGCCAAGGAAACCGGAACGAUCCAACGGAUGCAUUUAACUUCGACGCGGAGUUCCAUAAUUUAGAGAACGAAAUGCAAGAAGCGCGAUACGAGCCUAUAAUACAACAGGACGAGAAGUGGUUGGACCAAGACCAGGUAGAGUUGCAAAAGAUUGCUACAGGCAUAGUAAAAUGCUGUACCCCACCACCUUCAUCAACAUCUUCCUCCUCCACUCUCUCUUCCAUGGAAUCAAAGCUAUCUGAAUCAAAGUUCUUGAAGCUGAUGAGAGGCAUCAGCAGUGGUGAUGUGACUUUGAAGAAAAAAGCUGAUGGAAAUUCCUCCAGCGAGUUUUUCUCACCAAAUGAUGGAGAACUAGUUGGGAAUAGGCACGUUUUCAUCAGCGAUGAAGUUCGUGAAGACAUAUCUAAUUGA